AUAAAAGAGCUCUAUUUCAAAACUAUCUUCAUCGCUUUCAGGUCCUCAUGAACAGUAUUCUUUUGACCAACUACAACAGAUUUUCUGUAAGAAACCCUCUUAUUCUGCACAAUCUGCCUCUGUCAUGUCUAACUUACUGAUUGUUCUUCCUAACAAAAAUAACUCAUCUUAUGUUUUUUACUAUAAGACUACUGAGCUGGCCUAAGGUGCAGUCAUGUUCGUCCCAGCGUGUUGUCCUCCUGUUAAUUACUUGCUCACUUUUUCUUUCUCUCUUUCCUUCCUCAUUUACAUCAUAGAUUCAACCUGUUCUGUUCUGUUCUGUUGCCUGGUGCUGAUGAAGACAGUGGGGCUCUAACAGUGAACAAAAUAGGUAUUUAAGAUAGAAGUGCUAAUGAAUGGAAGAAAACAUUUUGUUGAAAAAAGGUACAGCGAAUUUCAUGCCUUGCACAAAAAGCUGAAGAAAUGUAUAAAAACUCCAGAAAUCCCUUCUAAACAUGUUAGGAACUGGGUCCCAAAAGUCUUGGAACAACGACGACAAGGUUUGGAAACAUAUUUACAGGCUGUCAUUUUGGAAAAUGAAGAGCUUCCCAAACUCUUCCUUGAUUUCCUAAAUGUGCGACACUUGCCCUCGCUACCAAAGGCAGAGAGUUGUGGAUCUUUUGAUGAGACGGAAUCUGAAGAAUCAAGCAAACUGUCCCACCAGCCGGUACUGCUGUUCCUCAGGGAUCCAUACGUCUUGCCUGCAGCCGGCGAUUUUCCAAAUGUGGUUAUUGAAGGAGUCCUCCAUGGGAUAUUUUACCCCCAUCUGCAGCCCAGGUAGAAAUCCUCCAUGGCUAGAAGAAGCCGAAGCAGGUUUCACGGAAAUCGAUACGUACCAAAUUAACCUAAACUCUAUGACGUAACAGCUCUAGCUAGUGGUAAAAUUCACAGUCCCAGCUUAAUUCAGGGCAGGGACAUUUCCAUUAGAAUGGUGCUUUUAAAAAUAGAAACUGACCAGGGUGGUGCUGAGGUUAAGGCCAAGUGUUUGAGAAGUAGAAGGUAGCUGCCAGUUUCGAAACUAUAGAAGAUACUGGGAGCAGCAAGUGUAACAAAACAAAAGUUACUCUCUGCUUUAGUUGCACCAUUUGCUAAUUGAACAUCUUAUCCUGAAUCACACUGAGACUGAUCUACUUUGGUAGCUUGCUGUUGUUGUUGUUCAGGUUUUAGGAGACACUGAUCUUUUCAUCGUGAGAGUUUCUCGGUCAGUGAUAGAUAACUGUCUUACGUCCUGGCACCAUGGGAAUAUCACAGAUAACACACCGUGCUAAAUGUGAGUCGGAACUAAACUGGAAAUUAAACGAUGCUGACAGCGUUAGGGCAUUUUUAAAAAUCUUGUCAUCGCUGUUCACACUGCAGUGGAGUCGCAUCAUACCUAGGGAUUAGCUUCUAGUGUCAGGACACGAGAUAAAAUGGAGUAGGGAGGCUCCCCUUGACAGCCAUUUCAGAAGGCGCCCUAUUGGAAGUCUGUGCGUCCAACACAACCAGAUUUUCCUCCGGUGUUGGAAGAAAGGACUGUCUCUUCCGUUGAAGACCGUUUGACGUUGUUGGUGUCCGUUUAGGGCAAUUUUGUAGAGAACCACAUACGUUUCAACACUAGAAUCACCCUUCGUCCUGCAAGAUGCUUGUCUUCUGAGAGACAGAUGUGAACUGACUGUACCCGAGGAGACGCCACAGUGGUCACUUGGUUUCCUCAAGGUUCUUCAGCCGUCAUCAGGGUUCCCUCAUUCAUUAAACUGGUGGGAUUGUCACGGGAUUCAUUGUUAUUUUCCUUAUUGUUUCCUUUUCGCUGACCUCCUAUAUGGAAUUAAUGUAAGCUCAGUGAAUGAUCUAACUCCACUGUACAUCUCACUAACACUCAUAUUUUGAGUAAUAAAGGACAAAAGCAUAUAUGCAAACUUUAUGUACGUGCUGUACUUAGGCAUUUUGUCAAAAACUAAUUAAUAGCUAGCCUAUUUAUGGUUAUUCAUUUUACUAAGCUUCUGUGUGGGAUUCAGAAUGAAUAACUAAAUCAUGGUUUUUGGUCAGGAUCUAAAUAUACAGGUUUAAAGCCUGCUGUAGACUUUGAGAGAUACCUUUGUGAUAGAUGUGUUACUUCAUGCUGGAAACAGGCGAGGACUCUGUAACCAAAAAUAACUGAAUACUCAAGUGUGGGAGAUAUUUUUUAAAUGUUUUGUUGUUAGCUCUUUUGAGUUAAAUAAAAACAAAGAACAAGAA